UGGUUUCGUGCUGAAUGCAGGGAUAAGAGGCGAGCCAAACAGCACUGUUUUCUAGACGGUCUUCAACUCUGUUAGGAUUUGUUUGGGUGUGUAGGAAAACGCGUUAUCACGAGCGCGAGUCCCCGCAUCACUGAGGCGGAGAGCGGCGGAGCGGGAAUGACCAGCCGCUGACCACACGCUCUUUGCCUUUAUUUCACAUUCUCUUUGGCGACGGCACAGCGAAAGAAACUGAGGACAUCUGACUCAGUGGAUACUAUCUGCCAUGGCGGGUUCAAGCACGCUCGAUGUGUUUGUGGGGAUUGUUCUAGUUUUGCAGGCUUUGGGAAGUGUUUUCCAGAUCACCCGAGGAGAAUUAACGGCGGAAGGAGCUGCUUAUUCAAUUCUUCACGGAUGGUCACAUGACGCUGAUGUCACAGUGGAGCUGCUCAGGAGGAGACGCUGGCUUCUGAUGGAGCCUCUACCAAUGGAGACUAAGAAAGCCAGUCAGGAUGGUUUGAAGCUCGAGUCUCAGGAUUCACCCAGAACACUGGCUGAUGACGACGGAGGAGACAACAGCUCACAAAUUAUGGAGGACAUAGAUCAUAACUACUACACCUCAAAGACUUAUGGUCCCAGUGACCCUAUGAGCAGAGAAUUGUGGGUAAAUAUUGAUCAGAUGGACAAGGAGAAGGUGAAGAUUCAUGGCAUACUGUCUAAUACACACAGACAAGCAGCGAGGGUCAAUCUGUCCUUUGAUUUUCCAUUCUAUGGGCAUUUGUUGCGAGAGAUCACUGUUGCAACCGGCGGGUUCAUCUACACAGGAGAUGUGGUUCACCGAAUGUUGACAGCCACACAAUAUAUCGCUCCACUUAUGGCAAACUUUGACCCCAGCCUGUCGAGAAACUCAACCGUCAUCUAUUUUGACAAUGGAACGGCUUUGGUUGUCCAGUGGGAUCACGUUCAUCUUCAGGAUUCUUAUAAUCUGGGAAGUUUCACCUUUCAGGCCACAUUACACAAUGAUGGACGAAUUGUGUUUGCUUACAAAGAGGUGCCAGUACAGAUCGCAAAGAUAAGCUCUGUCAAUCAUCCAGUAAAGGUUGGGCUUUCUGAUGCUUUUGUGGUGGUCCACAAGAUUCAGCAGAUCCCUAAUGUGCGGAGGAAGACUAUCUAUGAGUACCACAGAGUGGAGCUGUUAAAGACCAAAAUUACCAACUCUACAGCUGUGGAAAUGAUGCCACUACGCACAUGUCUUCAAUUCACAAGCUGCACUUCUUGCAUAGCAUCACAGAUUAACUUCAACUGCAGCUGGUGUCACCGGCUCAAUAGAUGUUCCAGCGGCUUUGAUCGCCACCGGCAGGACUGGGUGGAUAACAGCUGCCCAGAUGAGACUAAGGAUAACUCGUGUGACAUUAUCAGCACCACUAAUAUGGAUCUGCUGACCACUGCAUCAGUGGUGAAGAUGAGCACAAGGAACAGAGGAACUACUGAGGGUCACUCGAGCCGAGCCCCAUCACACAUGCCCACCAGCAUACCGACAGAAGAUGACACCAAGAUUGCGCUGCAUCUCAAAGACAACGGAGCUGCUGCGGCGAAAAGUACAGCAGACAGCGGCACUCACCCGCUGCACAUGGGCCUGAUUCUCGGGAUGCUUCUGCUGCUCCUCGUAAUGGUGGUCAUAGUCCUGGUGACUGUUUACAUCUACCACCACCCGAGCUCUACUGCGGGACUCUUCUUCAUUGAGAGACGCCCCAGCCGAUGGCCAGCAAUGAAAUUUCGGCGAGGUUCUGGUCAUCCAGCAUACGCAGAGGUAGAGCCCAUGGGCCAAGAAAAAGAAGGCAUUAUUGAAUCCGAGCAGUGCUGAGGUUUGACCUUUGACUUCUUAAGUCACACACAAUCCAGCAACCCUCCUGAUGUCUAUCCACACAUCUUCUAUGAUAAAGUCCAGCAACCCUCCAGAACCCUGAUGCAGCUGAAAACACUGAGGGUGUGGAGUCUGAGCGGAAGAGACGUCCACUCAACAAAUGCUUGGGAAACACUCAAAAACACUGUCCACAGAGGAAAGUUUGUCAGUCAGCUGGAUGUAUUUUGGCUUCUGCUCAGUUCCUGGCAGGACGUGUCAAGCAGCUCUGUUAACCUUGACUGAGGCUUUGAGCCUUUCACCCUCAAAAUGGCCACCGAGCUGUUUGGUUCUCUGAUCUGAUGUGCCUCCAGGAGGGAUUUUUCUUUUCAUGACAGUUUCUGAAAUGCACAUUCAUUCAGUUGAUUUGUUGAAAAUCUUAUAUAGGCCUUUAAAUAUCGCCGAAAGGGUUUGUAGGGGUUUUAUGUUUCUCUCUCUAUGAUUUCAGCAGGUGUUUUGGAGCACGUUGGAUGACUUCAGUUACAGAUACUGUGUCUCUUCCUCUUGUUUGGAUACAAUCGGAAAAUGUUCUGUGAACAAUUGUGUCAAUAGUAUUGAUUAACACUCCUCAUCCAUACGCAAACCAUUUAGGACUUUUUUGCACAUAUUCACUUAACGCACAUAUAUUGCUUUUUUUCUGGUUUAUAUCACAGUACUAAUGCAUAUUUACAAGACAGGCGCUUGUGAGAUUGCGUGCGUGUAUAUCUUUGUUUUUAUUUUUUGCAAUUGUUGUACACAAUGAUUCCCUUUACAGAUAAUAGAAAUCAAGAAUUUGUACUGAUUUCCUUUUGAACGACAGGAAGUGAGACUGCGAGCUGUUAUCAUGACCGAGACCUUGAUUUCUUUAAUAAUAUCAGAUUAUAAUAUUUGUUCACUUAAAUCAUCCCAGCUUGAAAGAGUGGAAGCAACAAACUGAAAACUGCAAUAAUGAGUUGAUUUUGACUUCAGAAAUGUGAUUUAUUACUGUACUGAAAGAGUAACACAGCACAUCCCAACCUUAAACAUUAAUCUACAUAUUUCUGUAAUAAUCUGGAUUUUGACUAUGAAUGUUUACGAUAUAUAUCCUGAUAAAACCUAAUUAAUUAUGUCACAUAUUACCUUAUCCUUUAAAAAUGUCUCAUGAAGACAUUUCAAGUAUCGUGACCAAAGAGCUGUCCUUACACACACACAUAUACAAAUAUACACUCACCGGCCACUUUAUUAGGUACAGCUGUUCAACUGCUCGUUAACACAAAUUUCUAAUCAGCCAAUCACAUGGCAGCAACUCAAUUCAAUUAGGCAUGUAGACAUGACCAAGACAAUCUCCCACAGUUCAAAGCAAGCAUCAGAAUGGGGAAGAAAGGGGAUUUAAGUGACUUUGAAUGUGGCAUGGUUGUUGGUGCCAGACGGGCUUGUGUGAGUAUUUCAGAAACUGCUGAUCUACUGGGAUUUUCACACACAACCAUCUCUAGGAUUUACAGAGAAUGGGCCAUAAACAAGAAAAUAUCCAGUGAGCGGCAGUUUUGUGGGCGCAAAUGCCUUGUUGAUGCCAGAGGUCAAAGGAGAAUGAACAGACUUGUUCCAGCUGAUAGAAAGGCAACAGUAACUCAAGUAACCACUCAUUACAACUGAGGUCUGCAGAAGAGCAUCUCUGAAUGCACAACAUGUCCAACAUUAAGGCGGAUGGACUACAGCAGCAAAAGACCACACCGGGUCACUCCUGUCAGCUAAGAACAGGACAAUUUGCAGAGGCUCACCAAAACUGGACAAUAGAAAAUUGGAAAAAUGUGGAGUAAAUCAUGACUGGUUUCUGGAACAUGAAAAUGAGUUCACUGUUCUCAAAUGGCCUCCGCAGUCAACAGAUCCUAAUCCAGUAGAGCACCUUUGGGAUGUGGUGGAACAGGAGAUUCGCAUCGUGAAUGUGCAGCCGGAUCUGUGGUAGUGAAAUCUGCAACAAUUGUGUGAUGCUAUCAUGUCAAUAUGAACCAAAAUCUCUGAGGAAUAUUUCCAGUACCUUGUUAAAUCUAUGCCACAAAGGAUUAAGGCAGUUCUGAGGGGGUCCAACCCAGUACUAGUAAGGUGUACCUAAUAAAGUGGCCGGUAAAUGUAUAUCUAUAGAUCAAAAACAAUUGGAAAACAUUUCCUUAUUACUGUAAUACCAAUUGAUUUGCCAAUCAAACAGUUUGAUUGUCUCAGCAUAGCUAUGCAUAUUUCCUGAGCAUUUCUUUUCACGUUUUAUCGUCUCUUAGGUGUUUCAUGCAUGCAGCAUUUGUUUCUUUUUUAAUCCUCAUAACAGGGUGGUCCACCAAAUAUCAAGGUCUAAAUUCUAUUUUUAUCAACUUUCUUCACUGGAAGACCUGGUUAUUUUCUGCAGACGUAACCUGAAUGUGUAUGUGUGUGUGUGUGUGUGUGAUAAAUGAACCUAUCUUAUUGUGUAUGAGUGCACACUAAUGUGAGGUCCAAGUGGAUGUUUAUUUUGUGAAAUAAUCUCAAAUGAUACGCUGAAUGAGACCAGCUUUGUGCUCCGCAGUGACACCUGAUCUUGAGAUUUGGGGAAACAAAGAUAUUAGAGAGCUGAAUUUUUGAUAAGCGUAAUCGUCAUGUCGUGCCACACUUUGAGAGACAGUGAAACACACAAUGCUGUAAUCUGUGUACUCUUGAGUUACUACUGUCAAUUUGACUACAUAGUACAAUUUGAUUAAAUAAUAAAGUGGUUUAAAAUGA